GGAGGGGCAGCGUAGCCUUCGGCCCCUACCGAGAAAAAGCUGCGGCCGGGUUUCACUGCUUGAGGCGGGAAGGCGGGGAGCUGAGGCCCCGACUGGUCGGCCAGCCAGAGCGUGGAAUUGGUAGCGCCUCCUAGUCCCAGGAUGUUUAUGGCUGGUGAAAAUGGUUGCACUGCCCCCGCUUGCCGGCCUCGCCCGCCUCCCCGACCCCUGCUUGGGCGGGAGCCGCUGUUAACCGGGGUUUUCGGGGGAGGCGGUUGGGGGCUGGAUGGCGGCGCGGGGAGGGGGCAGCUAGGGGCGCGGCCUGCCAGAGCCUCCUGCAGUCCAGCCCUGGAGGGCGUGGGGACUGGGGGGCGGUGAAAUAGCCGCUGUAGGUCCGCCUCUUUCAUUGAAGAAAUUUAAGUUCGUGUGGUUUUACCUUUUCCGGGAGUCUCCAGCUGGCCCUCAUUUGUGUCCGGAGCUCAGGAGUUCCCAAACCGACUCAGUCGCACCAAGUUUCCGUCUUUUGGAAUUGGGGAAGGAGUUUCUUUCUUUCUUUUUUUUUCUUGAGCCAGUUUUAAUCGCUUUGAAUAAAUACUCCCUUAAGUAGUUAAAUAUAGGAGGAGAAAGAAUACAUCGGUUGUUAAAGCAGGAGAGGAAGAGAGACCUGCCCUAUAGCGUGACUCCUCUAGAAAAAAAAAAAAAAAAGCCGGAGUAUUUUACUAAGCCCCUAAAAUGUCGAGAUUUGUACAAGGUAAGAAAUGCUGCUGCUUAUAUCCCGAGUUGCUUCAGGCGAAUUUGGGUACUGACAGUGGAGAGGUUGGUGGGUGGUUUGGAAGUGGAAAUGUUCAUUUGAGAUAACAUUUGCGAAACCCUUUUCGUUGAAUUGUCAUCUGAGCUGCCUUGAGCUGCUGGGUUGACGUUCCAGACGCGUAUAAUUUAUGUUCCUGUACCCUGCUGGGUUUAGUUUUGCCUCCCUGAAAUCAGGUACCUGUGCGUGCACGCAGACGGGAAGGGCUGGGGAAGCGGGAGGACUGAGAAAGGCCAGAUCUUAGCAAAGCAAUGUCUCAAGAUGGUGCUUCUCAGUUCCAAGAAGUCAUUCGGCAAGAGCUAGAAUUAUCUGUGAAGAAGGAACUAGAAAAAAUACUCACCACAGCAUCAUCACAUGAAUUUGAGCACACCAAAAAAGACCUGGAUGGAUUUCGGAAGCUAUUUCAUAGAUUUUUGCAAGAAAAGGGGCCUUCUGUGGAUUGGGGAAAAAUCCAGAGACCCCCUGAAGAUUCGAUUCAACCCUAUGAAAAGAUAAAGGCCAGGGGCUUGCCUGAUAAUAUAUCUUCUGUGUUGAACAAACUAGUGGUGGUGAAACUCAAUGGUGGUUUGGGAACCAGCAUGGGCUGCAAAGGCCCUAAAAGUCUGAUUGGUGUGAGGAAUGAGAAUACCUUUCUGGAUCUGACUGUUCAGCAAAUUGAACAUUUGAAUAAAACCUACAAUACAGAUGUUCCUCUUGUUUUAAUGAACUCUUUUAACACGGAUGAAGAUACCAAAAAAAUACUACAGAAGUACAAUCAUUGUCGUGUGAAAAUCUACACUUUCAAUCAAAGCAGGUACCCGAGGAUUAAUAAAGAAUCUUUACUUCCUGUAGCAAAGGAUGUGUCUUACUCAGGGGAAAAUACAGAAGCUUGGUACCCUCCAGGUCAUGGUGAUAUUUACGCCAGUUUCUACAACUCUGGAUUGCUUGAUACCUUUAUAGGAGAAGGCAAAGAGUAUAUUUUUGUGUCUAACAUAGAUAAUCUGGGUGCCACAGUGGAUCUGUAUAUUCUUAAUCAUCUAAUGAACCCACCCAAUGGAAAACGCUGUGAAUUUGUCAUGGAAGUCACAAAUAAAACACGUGCAGAUGUAAAGGGCGGGACACUCACUCAAUAUGAAGGCAAACUGAGACUGGUGGAAAUUGCUCAAGUGCCAAAAGCACAUGUAGAUGAGUUCAAGUCUGUAUCAAAGUUCAAAAUAUUUAAUACAAACAACCUAUGGAUUUCUCUUGCAGCAGUUAAAAGACUGCAGGAGCAAAAUGCCAUUGACAUGGAAAUCAUUGUGAAUGCAAAGACUUUGGAUGGAGGCCUGAAUGUCAUUCAAUUAGAAACUGCAGUAGGGGCUGCCAUCAAAAGUUUUGAGAAUUCUCUAGGUAUUAAUGUGCCAAGGAGCCGUUUUCUGCCUGUCAAAACCACAUCAGAUCUCUUGCUGGUGAUGUCAAACCUCUAUAGUCUUAAUGCAGGAUCUCUGACAAUGAGUGAAAAGCGGGAAUUUCCUACAGUGCCCUUGGUUAAAUUAGGCAGUUCUUUUACAAAGGUUCAAGAUUAUCUAAGAAGAUUUGAAAGUAUACCAGAUAUGCUUGAAUUGGAUCACCUCACAGUUUCAGGAGAUGUGACAUUUGGAAAAAAUGUUUCAUUAAAGGGAACGGUUAUCAUCAUUGCAAAUCAUGGUGACAGAAUUGAUAUCCCACCUGGAGCAGUAUUAGAGAACAAGAUUGUGUCUGGAAACCUUCGCAUCUUGGACCACUGAAAUGAAAAAUACUGUGGACACUUUAAUAAUGGGCUAGUUUCUUACAAUGAAAUGUUCUCUAGGAUUCUAAAAUAGGCAGGUACUUUACUAUGUUACUGUACCCUGCAGUGUUGAUUUUUAAAAUAGAGUUUUCUGCAGUAUGCUUUUAGUCUAAGAAAAGCACAGAUGGAGCAAUACUUUCCUUCUUUGAAGAGGAUCCCAAAAGUUAGUUCAUCUUAAAGUGCAAUAUUGUUUAAUCUUAAAACUGGGCAACUUUGGAAGAACUUUUAACAGAAGCCUCAAUGAUGAUCACUUUGAAUUGCUUGUGAUUUCAAAAAUAAAGCAGUGAAGCAAUA